AUGUCCACCUCCAGGCCCAGAAUAAUCACUUCGAAGGCUCCGUUACUGCCUCAACAGACUACUCCGGAGCAACGUUACUGGCGCCAAUACACUUCUGCGCAAUUGGUGAAGGAACAUAAUAGUGUCACUCACAUAUCCUUUAAUCCGCAACACCCCCAUGAUUUUGCAGUGACCUCUUCUACCAGAGUUCAGAUAUUUUCCUCAAGAACCAGACAAGUGAUCAAGACCUUCUCGAGGUUUAAAGAUGUUGUUUAUUCUGCAUCCUUUAGGAGUGACGGUAAGUUGCUAUGUGCCGGUGACGCUACCGGUUUAGUGUCCGUAUAUGAUAGUUAUAAUCCGAGAACAAUUCUUUUAUCUAUAAAUGCAUCUACGCAUCCUGCUCAUGUCACGAAGUUUCACACACAAGAUAACAAAGUUUUAGCUACAGCAAGUGAUGAUAGAGUGACUAGACUAUGGGAUAUAUCUCACGCAUACGAACCGCAGCUAGAGCUUACCGGAGCCACUGAUUACGUACGUACAUUAUCGUUCAUUCCGGCCGCUCCACAUAUGGUUGCUACAGGUUCAUACGAUGGUUUAAUUAGAUUAUACGACACAAGAUCCAGUGGAUCUACUCCAAUUUAUUCUUUGAAUCAUGACCAGCCUAUCGAGAAUAUUACCGCGGUAUCUCCUACCCAGAUUGUUUCCUGCGGUGGCAAUAACUUUAAAGUAUGGGACUUGACCAGUAAUAAAAAAUUAUACGAACGUGGUAAUUUCAACAAGGCAGUUACAUGUUUGGACUAUGUCGAAAACUUUGAUUCCCCAAUGCAAUCUGCAUUGAUUGCUUCUUCAUUGGAUGGUCAUGUCAAGGUCUUUGAUCCACUAGACAAUUUUCAAGUUAAGUUUGGCUGGAAAUUUUCAGGUCCCGUAUUAAGUUGUGCCGUCUCUCCCAGUACGGCCCAAGGGAAUAGACAUUUAGUAGCUGGUUUAUCAUCCGGUCUACUAGCCAUCAGAACUAAAAAAAAGGAAAGGCGGGCAUCGAAUAAAGAAAAUGCCCUGAUCACCUCAAAUACAAAUUCGAAAAGUAAUAACUUUCAAAGAAUGAUGCGUGGUUCAGAAUACCAGGGUGACCAAGAACACAUAAUUCACAACGAUAAGGUAAGAUCCCAACGUCGUAUGCGUGCAUUCGAAAGGAACAUAAACCAGUUCAAGUGGAGUGAAGCGUUAGACAGCGCUUUUGUACCAGGUAUGGCCAGAGAGCUCACACUCACUGUUCUUCAAGAGCUACGUAAGCGCGGGAAAAUUCGUGUAGCAUUAUAUGGUAGGGACGAAUCAUCAUUAGAACCAUUACUGAAUUGGUGCUUAAAAGGUAUCGAAGAUGUAAGGUCAGCAUCUAUCGUAGCAGAUUGGGUUGCAGUGGUUUUAGAGUUGUAUGGGAACAUGUUGGAGAGCUCUCCUGUUCUUCAAGAGCUGCUGAUAGAUCUAAAAAAUAAAGUCAGGCAUGAGAUUCACAAAUCUAAAGAAGCUCAAAGAAUUGAAGGUAUGCUUCAACUUUUAACGAGUUAA